CAAUAACAAUAUACAAAAGAAACUUAACAAAAAAAAGCUUUUAAAAAUUACAUGAAGACAUAACUAUUACACAAAUUUGAAUAUUUCAACAAUACUAAUAGUCAGGUAAAUUUGAUCUGGAACCUCCAAAAUCUCCAAAAUAUUGUCCAAACAAAUUUUGUGUAACCGAAGAUGGUUGUUGUUGUUGUUUUUGAUGUAUUUUUCGUACGAUUCUUUCUUGUUCAGAUCAAAUAUAUUCAAGAGUAUUAAUGUCAUCGAUAGAAGUUAAGUCUUUUAGAAAUAUUUUAUUCUUCUCUUUUACUUUCUUUUCCAUAUCUUAUGUAUUUACAAGUAUUAAUAUCAUCCGUUUUCAACAAUUUUUAGCUCGUAGUCUAUAAAUUAAAAAUAAAGAGAGUCAUUUUACUUCAAAAUGCACUAGAUGAUCAUAUAUGCAUUACGGAAAUAAUUUUGUAGAAUAUUAGGGUAUUUUGCUUAAAUUUUAAUAUUUAUCAUGUUAUUUCUAUUUAAAUUUUUGCAUUUUAAUAUAAUAUUUUAUUAAUUAAUAUUGUUGUAAUAUUUUUAUAUAUGUGCUAGUAAACUUUUUUAUGAAUUUUAAUUAAUUAAGACAAAUAUAAGAACCAUAGUAUAAAAUACAAAUAGUUUUGAAGUUAAGUUUAAAGUUUUGCUUCUGAAGAACAAUACAUUUAAAUUUCAAAUAUAAAAUCUUAAAAACUUCAAAAUAGAAUGUUUUUUUGGAGAUACUCUGACUUAAUAAAAUUUUGUACCAUACACCGUCGCUCACUUUGCAUGGGCCUGGGGAGAGGUGGUAGGGAUGGGCAUGGAGCAAAUAUUAGCAACAUUUUUAUUAUUUUUAAUUUAUUUUGUAUAUUACUGAUAUCUAUUUGUUAAUUUGUUUUGCUUCGGAAAAAUAUAGAUAUCAAGAUAACUAAAUAUUUUAUUUUAUUUUCUUGAUUUUGUGAACAGAAUUUGUUAAAAUCUUGUUAGAAUAAUAGUUAUAUAAACUUAUACAUUUAAUAUUCUAAAUUUAAUCAAGAUAUACAUGUAUUUAUAUAUCCACUGGAUUAUAGUGGAUCUUUUUCCUAAACUUUUAGUAUUUUUUAUUUAUUUCGUUUUUAACGGAUUUUCAUUUUUAAUUUUGCUUUAUUUCAAAAGUUUAUAGAUAUCAAGAUUUUUACGAUCGAAUUAAAACGAAUAAUGAAUCGAAUAAAAUUUAACAGAUAAAGUGCAAGGGAUACAUUAACUUGAUAUGUUCGUAAAAUAAAAAAAAAAUCAUAUUAACAAAUUGGAUAAUGACAAAAAGAAAAAGUGAUAAAAACCUAUAUAAAAGGUGAUGUCUAGCUGGACAGAUAAAAAUACUGUGAAAGGUCCAAAGUUGUCGUCACGAUUGGAACAAAAAAUCAUUUAAAACUAAAGAGGAAAAAACUUGACGACCAACGUGCCGUUUGACAUGCACGACUAAUCAUUAAAAUCCCAAUGCACGUAUUAUCUCACCCACUAUAUAUUCUGGAAGAUUAUUUGGAUCUCUGCUCACACAACUAAUCCAACUCAUAUCUCUCUCGGACAUCUAUCUCCCCUCUCUCUCUUUGAAAAACAAAGAUGGAUAAAUCAUCAAUCCAAUGCUUCUUAUUCAUACUUCUCACCAUCAUCGUCACCAUGAUUUCAUGCUCGAAUGCACAAAGAGAAGUUGAGGAUGAAAGUGAAUUUAGCUACGUGCGGAAUCAAGAGAACGGACCAGAGAAAUGGGGGAAACUGAAACCGGAAUGGAAAAUGUGCGGAAAAGGAAAGAUGCAAUCUCCAAUUGAUCUUAUGCACAAAAGAGUUAGAAUUGUUUCACAUCUUGGAAGGCUUACUAGAAACUACAAACCUUCCAAUGCCACUCUCAGAAAUAGAGGCCAUGACAUGAUGGUGAGAUUUGAAGAAGGGUCAAGUAGUAUUAGGAUCAAUAAUGUUGAAUAUCAACUCCAUCAGCUUCAUUGGCAUUCUCCCUCUGAGCAUACGAUCAAUGGGAGAAGGUUUGCUCUGGAACUGCAUAUGGUUCACGAAAGCUUAAACGGAAGCUUGGCUGUAGUCACAGUACUUUACAAAAUCGGAAGGCCAGACUCUUUUCUCAACUUGUUGGAAAAUAAAUUGUCGGCGAUGACAGACCCCAAUGAGGAAAAAAAUAUAGGAAUGAUUGAUCCCAGGGGAAUUAAGUUUGGGAGCAGAAAAUAUUAUAGAUAUAUUGGAUCACUUACCAUUCCUCCUUGUACCCAAAAUGUUAUUUGGACCGUCGUUAAAGAGGUAAAGACUGUGGCAAGAAACCAAGUGAAACUACUCCGAGUGGCUGUUCACGAUCAUUCAAAUACAAAUGCAAGGCCGGUUCAACCUACAAAUAUGCGCGUGGUCAAAUUCAACAGACCAAAAUCUUGCUGAAGCAGAUACAAAUAUGAAAGAUGUUUUUAUAAAUUUGUUUUACAAUAAACAGUGCAAUAUUGUCAUAUUAUACUAAAUAAAGGAUGUGUUUCAUGAAUAUAUUUGGUGUCCCAUCUCCUUCCAUUAUUAUCACGACCUUCAACCUUUCAAGUUUUAAAUGAACUCUUACCAAAACAAAACAAAACAAAAAGAUUUAAAUGACCAUUCUCAAAGAAUGUGUAGUUCAUUGAUCUGGAUUAAUACUGACAAUACUGACACAUUCCCUUUGUAGCUACGGCAAAACAUAUGUAGGAAAGUUACGGAACAGUCACGUUAAUUAACGAUAGGCUAUAUAUAUUGUUAUAGUAAAUACAUAAUUGUGAAUGUCUAUAAGAAAUUAGCUAUGGAUUAGCGGCUGAAAUACCGUCGUAAUUAAUUUGCAUCCAAAUACCAUAAUCAGUUUGUUACAAAUUCGUUAUACUAACCAGUUGUAUUAUAGUUCCAGAGGUUAGUCUAGACUUAGAAUUCAGCGAAUUAGCCGGUAGAAUAUAUCGAAGAAAAAAAGAUAAGCAAAAAAAUG